AUGGCUGGGAAUUGUAUCUUGAUAAAGAUGACGUCAGUGGUGGCGGAAGAAGGAGAGAAACUCGCCGGAGGCUCCAUUCGGUCUGGUGAUGACGGUAGCGUCAAUGGCUCACAAACUAUAGAAGCUCUGAAAAGGGUAAGGAAGGCCUCGACCAACCUCAGUAGAACUAUUCCUGAGGCAGAUAUCCGCUCUUUAGUAGAUAGUUGGAGAAGCAACCAUGCACAAGGAAAACGUGAACAAAUGGAGAAUAUGGAAUCAACAUUUCGAAAAAAGCAGAAAGUGAAUAACGAUUUGAUAUAUGAUAUUCUUGUAAAAAUCUUUUUAUCCCUCAACGUUGUGGAUGUUGCAGUUGCCUCCCUAGUUUGCAAAUCUUGGAAUAAUGCUUGUCGGGACCCAUCUCUAUGGAACAAGAUUGAUCUCUCCCGACUCCGUUCUUACUGCUUCAACAUACCAUUCAAUAAAGUUGGAGCUUACAGACACUCAAGUUUGCAGAUGAAUCAAUUCUUGAAACAUCUUCUUGAUCUGAGUAAUGGAAAUACCACCUACAUUAUAUUCAAUUUUUAUGUUUACCUAACCAAUGAACAGUUCAUCAUGGUGGCACAAAGGACCCCAAACCUGAAACGAGUUGUUCUACCAAAGACGGGUGAUUUCUUAAGAGCAGGAGUGGACACCGUACUGAGCUUAUGGAGAGGUCUUGAAUCCAUUACCACUACUUCUGCUGUGUCCAAUUAUUACAUGAUCCUAGCUAUUGGAAAAUAUUACAACAACGUCACCGAGCUGAAAUUUUCUGAUGGCAACUUUGAAGAAAAGCAUGCUUUGGCCAUGACUAAAUACAUCCCGAAGUUGAAGAUAUUGAGCAUUCGGCAUUUAAUAAUUAGCUGGAAGGCAUUGUUGUGUGUGCUGAAUUUCUUGGAAGAUUUGGAGAAGGUGAACAUAUGCAACAGUUUGAUUCUGGACACAGCAUAUCCUCGAGCAUUUGUAGAGAUGAGUGAGCUAAAGGACCUUUUGCCAACAUCGAGUAUGGAAAAGCUUAUAUAUUGUGAAACAGGAACGUGCUUGAGGUGCAUGAAUGGUAGAGACACUACUCGAAGCAGACAACCAGAUGGACCCCUUGAAGAUAUAUGGGGAGAGGAUGAAAUAGCAUCUCUUGUACAUUUGCCUCAACCUUCUGAGGCUGAAAGGUUUGCUACCAGACAUGUAAGAGUGCUACCUUCAUGA